UGUAAGAUUGAUCUACUACUGAUGAUGAGGAGAACUCUGUACUCUAAAAAAAAGCCUUUGACAAAAGGGACAUGGACUCCUGACGAAGAUCAGAAGUUGAUAACUUAUAUUAACAGAUAUGGUAUAUGGAACUGGAAUGAGAUGUCAAAAGCUGCUGGUUUGUCAAGGUCCGGGAAGAGUUGCAGGCUUAGGUGGAUGAAUUACCUGAGGCCGAACUUAAAGCAUGGCAACUUCACCAGGGAAGAAGAAGAGACAAUUUUCAAGCUGCAUGAAAUGCUAGGGAAUAGAUGGUCCGCAAUUGCAGCUAAAUUGCCCGGAAGAACAGACAAUGACAUUAAAAAUUACUGGAAUACCAAUGCAAAGAAACAAUUGAAAAACAAAGCAACAUCAGCUGGUGAUAAUUUGCAAGAAGUGAAAGCAUGCGGAGUACUAGUAUCGCCCUCCAUUUUUCCAGGCUGCGGAGUACAAGUAGAACCUAAGUCUGAAGGUAGUGAUUCACCUUCCACUAUUUCAAAAGCGGUCAAUUCAGAAAGCUUUAAGGAUAUCCAAAAUCCAUCAAUGUUUUCUCCUGCUAAUGAAUUAUCAAGCUAUAACCUUGUUAGCAGCUUCCAGAGCAUUGGGUUAUCCGAAAGUUUACAGGGCCAAUCAUCAAUUUCAAUGGAAGGCUUGCAUAACAUAGAGAAUUAUGGGAAGAAUUGCAUAGAACAGACGUGGCUUGGAGAGUCCAUCCAUCCAUAUUCUUUCUUUAAUGACUUGUAUGACUAUUCUCUUCUGCGCACAGUAAGGAACCAGGACAUUUAUGAAGACAAUAUCAACUUAUCUGAAUUAUCUGGAGAAGUGCGAAGCUCUUACGGGCAACAAUGUCCACUGGAAGGCUUGAAUGAGCAUCAAGAGCCUAUGUAUUUACAUGCUUUGUUUGAAUAUCCUCCAUUAUGGUCUGAUGAAUUUCAUCAGGGUAUACAGGAGAAUAUUGGGUUAACAGGAGAAUUCCAAGGUUUGUGGUUGCGGGAGCAACCAUGUCCAAUCAUGGAAGACAUGUACGUAAGAGAGGAUCCUGGAAUCAAAUACACAAAGGAAAAGGGUUUCUAAGAGCUUCAUCCAUAUGCUUUCUAGUGCCGCACAUCUUAUUUGAAGUAUUUUCCUUUUAUGUCAGGAAAUAAAUUGACCAUAUUUUCUUUUUUGUAGUAACCAUGUCAUUUUUUUUUCUUUGCGUGCAAUCGUAAUUUGCCAUAAUAAAUUAAAGCUUUAAUUGCAAUUUUCAUUUGGAUGCUAAAAUCAAAUUGGAAAUGUAAUAAAUUCGUGUAGAA